ACAAGUCCGUCUCACCACAACUCACACAGCUCGAUCCAUAUUAGACUCACAACUCUGCAAAUAUGUUUUCAUUUUGGAGGAACCUGAAUAUAACUCGCAGUAUUAUUUCGCCGUAUUGUUCUGCAGCUGACUUCCUCUCUCUGCAGCCGCGACAAACUUUGGGCCUGUGCAGCGACAGGCGAGUUUUCUGCGUAAAUCCCCACAGAAAGUACUCAGGGAAACGCUUCAAUGUGCCGCCGAGCGCCGAGUUUGUUGCACGGGUGUCAGGGAUCCCCACCAUGGCCAGAUUACCUUUCCAGGAGACGGCGGACGGACUUGACGCGGCCUUUGUCGGCGUCCCAAUUGAUACCGGGACCUCCAACCGACCCGGAGCAAGGUUUGGGCCCCGCCAGAUCAGAGUAGAGUCUGCCAUGCUGAGGGCUUACAACAGUGGCACCAGGGCUGCGCCGUAUGAGUCCCUUAUGGUGGCUGAUAUUGGGGACGUCAAUGUGAAUGUGUAUGACCUGAAGGACACCUGUAAACGCAUCAGGGAGGCCUACAGGAAGAUCCUGGCUACUGGAUGUAUCCCUCUGACUAUGGGUGGCGAUCACACAAUUGCAUAUCCAAUCCUGCAAGCUGUUGCUGAGAAGCAUGGCCCAGUGGGUCUGGUCCAUGUGGAUGCUCAUGCUGACACCAGUGAUGUGGUGUUGGGGGAGAAGAUCGGACAUGGGACUCCAUUCAGACGCUGUGUGGAAGAAGGGCUACUGGACUGUAAGAGAGUGGUCCAGAUCGGCCUGCGGGGUUCAGGCUACUCUGCAGAUUCAUAUGAAUGGAGCCGCGCCCAGGGUUUCCGUGUGGUCCAAGUGGAAGAGUGCUGGUUCAAAUCUCUUGCACCUCUGAUGGCUGAGGUCAGGGCUCAGAUGGGCAGCGGUCCCGUAUACCUCAGUUUCGACAUCGAUGCUCUUGACCCGGGCUUUGCCCCUGGAACAGGCACGCCAGAGAUAGCAGGGCUUACCCCCAUCCAGGGAGUUGAGAUUAUCCGGGGCUGUCGAGGUCUGAAUCUUGUCGGAUGUGAUUUAGUGGAGGUGUCUCCACCCUAUGACACCACAGGGAACACUGCACUGACGGCUGCCAACCUCCUCUUUGAAAUGUUGUGCGUCCUCCCAAAAAUGAAAUAUUACUGAUCAGAAUUGAGCACACAGUACAGGAUAGGUAGUGUGUUAACAAUCAGCACAGCUACCUGAAUACCAAAUGACCAUGUUGUUCUGCUGAAUAUGCCGGUAAGCAGGGCAAGUUCUGCAACAAUGGCAGUUUUAUGUUUUAAUCAGUGAAACAUCCGAUUACAACCAUCAAGGGGAUAAAUGUAGUAUUGAAAACCAACUGAAGCAUUUGACAACUUUCAUAAAAUUCAUAACUACAGCAUGUUGAUGUUCAUGUUAUGAAUAUAAUACAUUCAGCUUUCAAGCUACAUUAAAAUACAGAAUAAUAUAUCAUGAUUAUGUACAAUGUUUACAUAUUACUGUGCCAACGGUUUAUGUUGAGGAAACUAAUAAACAAGGCA